GCACUGUCGCAUCUCUUCUGCUUUGCAAUCGCAUUUGCAUAUUUUUCAGUGAAUUUUCAGUAGGAAAGCGCAUCUCCAUCCCAGUGAAAUUGUGUUGUGCUGAAGCAUGGACGGAUGGUGAAUGGUGUUGUGUAUACUUGAGCUGCCCAGACAUCGUGAGAACCCGCUAAAAGGAUGAUUAUUCAGGAGCCUAUUCAGGCAGCCAUUUGGCAUUGUUUGAACCACUACGCCUUCCGGGAUGCCACCUUCUUGGCUGAGAAGCUCUGCUCCGAGGUGGAGACCGAGGAGUCCAUCUUCCUGCUGGCGACUUGCUAUUACCGUUCCGGACAAGUGCAUCAGGCCUUCUGGCUGCUGCAAUCCAAGGGCGCCCGGACGCCUCAGGCGCGCUUUCUCCUCUCCAAGUGCGCUCUCGAGCUCAACCAGAUUCACGCUGCCGAAUCUGCCCUGUCAAAUGAGGACUUCACGAAGCAAAAGACACUGGAUGAGAUCUGCAAGGACUUUGGUGAGAUCGCGUGUUUUGCGCUGCAGCUCAUUGCGAAGAUUUGCACGAAAACUGAGCGAUCGGCACUGGCCAGUGAGGCGCUAUUGCGCUCCCUGAAGCUAAAUCCCUUCCUGUGGCACUCGUUCGCCGACCUGUGCGACCGUGGCGAGAAGCCGGAUCCCAAUGCAAUCUUCCAGUUCAGCAGCACGGACAUCUUCGCCACGUGCCAGAGCCAGAACACGAGUAACUGCGUGGUAGUGGGCGCAGAUGUGAGCGGCACGCCCCUGCUUAGCACCACCAAUACCAGCAUCCUUACCACGCCCGUGGACCAGUGCAUAAUGCAGCCGGGCGGACUGAUAGUGCCCAAAGUGCUGACGAUGGACGAGUCACCGAGACUGACGCCGGGCUCGGAGUCGCUGAGCAUGAGCGGCGUGGGGAGUUUAGAGCUGGAGACGCCGCUAAAGAAGCAGUUCAAGUAUCUCUCGUCGAUCAGUCCGAUCACGCCGAGCUUCGGCGUCCUGCCGCUGCAGAGUCCCAUGGACAGCGGCACGCCCGAGGUGAACGACCAGCAGAAGGGGAGCGGAAAGAAGAGCAAGGGCGCCGGGCAGUGCGUGAUCAGUCGCAAGGAGAGCCCACUGCAGCAGACCAAGCCGAUGCUCAAUAAUCAGACGGGGAAUUACGCCACGCGGCCGCAGCAGACGCCCGGCAUCACGGGCCAGAGCGUGCGGCGGAGCUCGAGACUGUUCAGCAGCAGCUACUCCGUGAAGGAGAACAGCAAAAGUAGUCAGAAUAUCAACAAGUUCGUCACACCGCGAUCGCCGUCGCGGAAGGCGAAGCAGCAGAGAAUAUCCAUCAUCAAUCAGAGCCUGAGCGAUCACCUAGGCAGCGUCGGAGAGCGGCGGCUGGAGAAGGAGAAGGUGGAGACUGUGACGUCGGCGGACACGAAGGUACUGCUGAACAACAGCAUCAACGCGGCACAGAGUCUGAAUCAGCAGGUGAUGGCGAUGAGGCGCCAGAGCGCAGAGGGGCUGCUGCAGUUGCUGCGUGAACUGGGUCAGGGGUAUUUGCAAUUGAGUCAGUACAACACGCGUGAGGCCAUCGAGCACUUUGCCAGCGUGGCGCCGCAGCACUAUAGCAGUAGCUGGGUGCAGAGCAUGAUCGCGCUGGCGUGUCACGAGCAGCGCGACUACGAGCGGGCGACGAAGAUCUUCAAGGAGAUCCACGAGCGGGAGCCCCACCGACUGCACCUGAUGGAGAUCUACAGCACGGCGCUAUGGGCGCUGCAGCGGGAGGUGUCGCUAUCGGCACUGGCGCAGGAUCUCAUGGGACAGGACAAGAGCUCACCCAUUCCGUGGUGUGUGGCGGGGAAUUGCUUCUCGCUGCACAAGGAGCACGAGAUUGCCAUCAAGUUCUUCGAGAGGGCAGUGCAGGUGGAUCCGGACUUUGUGUACUCCUACACGUUGCUGGGGCAUGAGUUUGUUAUCACGGAGGAGCUGGAGAAGGCAAUGUCGAGCUUCAGGACGGCGAUUGUGAAGAAUCAGCGACACUACAAUGCGUGGUUCGGCAUCGGGACGAUCUACUCAAAGCAGGAGCGCCACGGACUGGCGGAGAUUCACUAUCAGCGCGCGCUGAAGAUCAACCCGAGGAAUUCGGUGCUGAUGGUGCACAUUGGCGUGGCGCAGAGCUACCUAGGGCAGAACGAUCGCGCGCUGCAGACGUUCAAUCAGGCGAUGAAGAUGGAUGCCAAAGACCCGCUGUGCAAGUUCCACCGUGCCACGAUGUUCUUCAAGAUGGGCCAGUACGAGGAGGCGCUGCGCGAGCUGGAGCAGCUGAAGGAGCUGGUGCCCAAGGAGAGCGUGGUGUACUACUUGAUCGGGAAGAUCCACAAGAAACUGGGCAACGGCGACCUGGCGCUGAUGCACUUCAGCUGGGCGACGGAUCUGGACCCGAAGAAUGCCAAUAAUCAGGUGAGGGAGACUUUCGACGCCACCAGCAGUGUUGUGGGGGCGACAGUGGCGGCUUCUGGUAGUGCGGCGGGCGGCAGCAAUGCGCUGGAGCCGGGCACCAGUGAACAGGAGCCGGCUUCAGAGAGGAGUGACGAUUCCACGCAACUGAGAACAGCCGAACCCGAACACAGUAAUCCCUACGAUAGCGAUAGCUUCUGAUAUGUGAUAUUGUGAGUAUGGAUAGCCAUAAUCCUCGCGACUCCCUCGGCACCCGGCGCGCGCGCCCCCGGUAUAUUUUUACUCGAAAAAGCAUACUGAUUAGAGACCCUAUUUAUCGAUUAUAGAGAGAGAAACUCAUUUUUUAUGAUUUAGGAAGGAAUAAAAAUUUUUGUAGAUUCUGUAUCUUAGGUUUACUUCACGACAUGAUUGAUUUAGGUGUUUAUUUUAUAAAAAUUUCAAGGAUGAGUAGUGGCCUGCCAAUAAACAAUAUGCAAAUUGACAGAA